UCACGCGGCUAUAAGGAGUGUUUCGUGUCUUCGAAUACCCCGCACUUAAUCGCACUGGAAAUAUAAUAGGGAAACCCGCUAGGAUACUUCGGCCUUCUUGUUCGUACCUUGAUAGCACAGAGAGGACAUAUAUUCUUGCCGAGGGUUACUCUCUUGCGAUUUUUAGCACUAUCAUACCGUUGACAUGGAAAGCAACAACACAAUAUUCGACUCGACCAACACGGACAUUAGAGAAUCCCGACUGGAUGUCGGUAACAUCUUCAAAAGCCUCAAUGUUGGGACCUUCGGAGUUAUUUUACUCAUCACAGCAGCCGCCGUGCUGAUCCAUGACGCCAUCGUCUACCUGCUAGCGUCCACUUCUAGCAGAAAAAGACUAUUGGUGACUCCUUGGCUGAUUCAGAUAGCAGCUGAUUCUUGGGAAGACCUAAGUCAACGUAGUACAUAUGCAAGGUCAGAUCAAGUGGUCGGCCCAGUACUUCGUUCUUUGGCAGACACGGCUAAGAAAUACGAAGGACGCUGGGAAAAGAGCCGUCUGUUGUAGGGCUUGAAGAGAUGCCGAAGGACACAAUAAUGAAGGAUUCUCCACCUGAAGUUUGAGAAACCUCAGGGGUUCGAAGAAGGACUCCAAGGGAUAAUUAAAUGGAUGAAGGAAAUGUAUUAAUAUUGAUAAGAGAGAGAGAGAGAGAGAGAGAGAGAGAGAGAGAGAGAGAGAAUACUUCCAAUGAGCUCUUCGAUACCUGAUUAAAAUGUAUUUAAGUCUGCUGAGAGAGAGAGAGAGAGAGAGAGAGAGAGAGAGAGAGAGAGAGAGAGAGAGAGAGAGAGAGAGAGAGAGAGAGAGAGAGAGAGAGAGAGAAGGGAGGGAAUAAUAUACUAAUUAUUUAUGGCAUUAUAAAACAAUUAUAGUUAUCUGAUUUUGACGGUUAUACAACGUUUUAAAAUUAAUUAUUCCUAAAGUUUACCGCAUCCAUAAUAAAUGACUGUUUAAUUGGGGCUGGGUAUUGGAGUUAGAAUUAGAAUUCCUGGACUAGAAAUUAAACAGAACUUAGAAUCCUGCUCAGCGUAUGUGUAUUUCUGAGUAUAUUAUGACAAGGAAUAUCGAUAAGGGAAGAAAACAAAUACGUAUAUACAGCCAUACACGAAUGUGAGUGUCUACAAACUGAAAGGUUACAUGUCCAAAUAGUACACAUCGUUGAAAUAUCAAGAAAUGAAAACGAAUUUUUGUUCUUCGUACAUAUUUCACAUAUAAAUCUUUAGUUCAAGUAUAACUUUCAUCUGCUUUGUUGAGCCUCCUGUUUAUACCGCCUACUUUGUAAAUAUGCUAUUUUUGUACGGUAAAUAAAAAGGGAACUGAAUGGCAUCUUUGCUUUUGAUUACUAUAACUGAAACAAAUUUUGUACCAACGUUAUACUAGAUAUUGAUAUGUACGUUUCAUUUUGAUAUAUUCCUUUGUGAUGAGUGCUAUUUGAAUAUUGCUUUUGUAUCUUAUGAAUUUCCAAAUGUUUUAACACAAGUAUUAGAAAUAUUUCAGCUUUGCAUUUGUGAUUUAUUUCUACUGCCUAUAUUUUUGUAAUGGGAAGUAUAUUAUUCAUCAAUAAAAUGAACAACAUAUUUUU